CUGUAUGCAAAAAUUUGGAUUACUCUUGAUUGACCUUAAGAACUAUGACAAGGCUCAAGAGUGUUUGGAGAAAGCAAUUCAAAUCWACGAAGAAAGAAAGGGUAAUAGCUAUCUGUAUAUAGCUUACAGUUUAUGUGGUCUGGGAGUACUCUCGAAAGAUAUCGGGAAACUUGAUGAAGCAAAAGAAUGUUACGAAAAAGCACUGGCAAUAAGUGAAAGCUCUUACGGCAGCAAUUAUCCUUUGGUGGCUAUAACGUUAAAUAAUUUAGGAUCAGUGUUGGAGAAACUCGGGAAACUUGAUGAAGCCAAAGAAUUUUACGAAAAAGCACUGGCAAUAGAUGAAAGCACUUACGGCAGCAAUUAUCCUGAGGUGACUACAACGUUAAAUAAUUUAGGAUCAGUGUUGGAGGAUCUCGGGAAACUUGAUGACGCAAAAGAAUACUACGAAAAAGCACUGGCAAUUAAAGAAAGCACUUACGGCAGCAAUCAUCCUGAGGUGGCUACAACGUUAAAUAAUUUAGGAUUAGUGUUGAACAAACUCUGGAAACUUGAUGAAGCAAAAGAGUGUUACGAAAAAGCACUGGCAAUAAUAGAAAGCACUUACGGCAGCAAUCAUCCUGAGUUGGCUACAACGUUAAAUGAUUUAGGAUUAGUGUUGAAAAAACUCGAAAUCAUUGAUGAAGCGAAGGAUUGUUACGAAAAAGCACUGACAAUAGAAGAAAUCACUUACGGCAGCAAUCAUCCUGAGUUAACUAUAACGUUAAACAAUCUAAGAAAAAAGUUUGUCAAACUUGGAAAACUUGAUAAAUUACCUUAUGUAAAAGCAAUCUCCAAAGAAGAAAUUUCAAUUACUGAUUAUCAUGAGUUGGCUACAGCGUUAAGUAAUGUAGGAUCAGUGUUGAACAAACUUGGACGACUUAAUGAAUCAAAAGAAUGUUUUAAAGUAGCACUGUCAAUUAAAGAAAGCUUCUCUGCCAGUCAUGCUAGUGUGGCUUUAACGCGUAGCAAUUUGGGAACAUUGUUUUACAAACUGGAAAAACAUUAUGAAGCACUAGAGUGUUUCAAAGAAGCACUGAGAAUUGAGCGAAGCAGUUUGGGCAUUAAUCAUCCUAAGGUGGCUAUAACGAUAGAUAAUUUACGAUUAGUGUUGACGCACCUUGAAAAGCGUAACGAAGCCAAUCAUCCUACAGCGGCUAGGGCUUAUUCUUUCUUAGGAGAAGCUUUGAACGCUCAGCGAAAACUCAAUCAAGCCAAAGAAUAUUUCGAAAAAGCAUUAGCAAUCGAAGCGGACGAGCCAUCUCACUGGCAUAAUUUAGGAGUACUUUUCGUGGAAAUUGAGGAUUAUCAAAAAGCUAAAGAGUAUGUCGGCAAAGCCAUUCAAAUCAACGAAGAAAGACACGGUAGUAGCCAUCUGAAUAUAGCUAACAGUUUAGAAGCUCUGGCAGUACUCUCAGUAUGUAUCGACAAACUUGAUGAAGCUAAAGGCUUCUACGAAAGAGCACUCGCAAUUAAAGAGAUCGCCUAUGGCAGCAAUCAUCCCAUGUUGGUUCAAACGUUAUAUAAUUUAGAAUCGCUGUUAAAGUAUCAAGGAAAACCGGAUGAAGCCAGAGAGUUUCGCGAGAGAGCCUUGGCAAUCAGCAAAAGGGACACAACUUAGUAUUGAAAACAAGAAGCCAUGACUACAGGGUAAACUCUUGUGUGCAUAACAAUGUAAAUAUAUGAUUCGUGCAUGUCAAAUGUGAUACUAUCAAAACGGAAUAGU